GCAGCUUCGGGCAUUUGAUUGGUCAAAAUUGGUUCGAGCGAUUGCAACUGCCACUCGAUGAAUCCGCCGCUGCCGCCAUCCUCGUCUGGAGGCGGCGGGUACCCAUGUCCACAGCAGCAGCCACCACUGCCACCAUAUUCGCCGCCGCAGCGCUCCAAUUACUCGCCCGCAGUGCAUCACGCACCUCAACCCCCGCCUCGUCAUCACCAAAACCAACAACCUCCUCAUCCUGGCAACCACCCCCAUCCACCGCCGUAUUACCAGCCGCCAACAUCACACCAUCCACGCCAUCCCAAUGACCAUCCACCGGCUCCUUACCACCAACAUCACCACAGUCAUGCCUAUCCAUCGCAACCCCCACAGCACCAUCCGUUCCAUCACCACCACCAACAUCAUGACCCACACAUGCAACCUCCACUCCCAGGCUACCACGACAGACAUCAUGGUGGACCUCCUCCUCCAGGGUACCAUCCUCCGACGCAUCGCCCUGACCAGCCGCAGCUCUCGAUGGACCGACCUCAAGGACCUUACAAUCCACCACCACCAGCAUACCAUUACCCGCCUCCGCCAAACGCCGGGCCUCCGUUCAUGUACCAACCACAGGCGCCGCCACUUCCAUCCAUUCCACCAAUGUCGUACAUCUGCCGUAAAUGCAAUCUUGGUGGCCACUGGAUCCACGAUUGCCUAAAGAAGCAGAGCCACCCGAAUUCGGCAAAGCCUCAAGCGUCGGCGGCCAGUCGCCCGUCCGAGUGGCAGUGCGAGCCGUGUGAAAAGCACUUUGCGAUGAAAUCGCAGUACGAUGCGCACAUGCUAACGCACGAGCAGUGCUGGGCUCCUGGCUGCGACUUUUCAGCGUCCAAGCGCGUGGUGACAAGCCACUACCAGGUCAUGCAUGGGCAGUAUGCUGGCUCCGGGCUCAAGGAAAUUGAAGUCGAGGGGCAGAAGUUUCAAGUGCUCGUGGGCAACUCGCCGGAAGAGAUCACAAAAUGGCGCGAGGAGCGCCGCAAGAAGUGGCCGUCCGAGUCGAAUGUCAAGCGAAAGAACGAACAGAUGGGCGAACGAGUGCAGGCAGGGGAUAUCCCGGCCAACAAGAAGCUCAAAACCUCGCCAGCCCUGCCGGGCCCCACCGACGGCACAACCCCCUCUGAUGCUACCAGUGGCACCGCGGAACGCCCUGCCGCUGAAUUGAACGCGGCAACUUCCGCGGCGCAGCUGCCAGACAACGAAGUGGCCAGUCCACGGUCAGUGCAUCGGGCCAAGCCGGCGUCGUCCAAGAAGAAGAGCUCCAAGUUUUGCGUCAAGUUUAUUCGAAAUGGAUGUGACGACGGCGACAAGUGCCUGUUCAACCACGACAUUGAGUCCAUCCCAUGCAAGCAAUUCUUGGCCAAGGGAUCGUGUAAGCGGGGCACCCAGUGCAAGUUUUCGCACACGGUGACGGCGCAGGACAAACUCAAGCAGCUGCAGCUGCAACAUCAAAAGGAACAAGCGUCCCAAGUCAAACAGCACAGGAGCUCCCUCUUGCGCAAGCUCCUGGCAAAAGACAUCGACAAAGAGCACCGACACAUCCUGCAAGCCUUCCGCCAUCUCGUGGAGCACCACUUUUUUCAACCCUCGGCCGACGAUGACAUAUAAGUCACGUACUAUCCAUAAGGGAUCUCCAGCGAGCCUGCGCUGGUCGUGUUGUGCAUGCAUGGGGGCGGCUCCCCGCUCAGGGAAAGAGGUUACGCACGCUGCCCACGACUUCCCCGCACGUCCUUGCGCCGCUGUGGCGCCAGCCUUGUUGUACUCGGACGGGGUACGAGGAUGGACAGUGUACAUCCCGCGCUCUCGUUCAUUGCAUGCGCCGCACACAUGGAAACUAGCGCAUGAACAGUCGUCCACGCAUUCCGUUCACGGAUGGUCAACGCAGGUUGAUGGGCGCUGCUUUCCAAACAUCCAUAGUGCUGACGCAGCGCAAUGGCCACGCCUGUCGACUGCCUUGAACGGAGUCCGAUGUGGGAUCGGCAAGAUUGGGUUUUGUGACGCUGCCGGCCGAGUCCGAUGCAGACUCCGAGGUCCGUCGGGCCAAGAGCUGCCGAGUCUUUUGACGACCCCAAC